AGAGGAGAGAGAAGGUAGCAAGGCAGACAGAACGGGUGAGAGCGUGUCACGUCGACAUGUGAAACUCUUUUAGCCUUUUUUUUUCCUUCAUAAAGAUAUUGAAAAGCCAAAAAUGCUGUGCUCCAUACGUGGCAACUUCAAGAGAUGAUGCUUUGAAGACAUAAAGUUUAAAACACAAAGGGUUUUGACAUCAAGAUUAAUGGACUGCGCUGAGAUCCAAGUUGAAAUGGCUGAAGAGGGUCUGAUAGAGCGUCUCGUCAUCACCGAAGAGGGAGACAUAACUGAGGGUGUCAUUGAAAGAGGGGCAGUGGACUGUUCAGUUGUCAUCGCACAGAGCUGCAGAGGAGAGUCAGCUCUGAAAAAGGAAGAGGAACAUACAGCAGAGAACAAAAAUAAAGAAGACGUAGCGAGUAACAUGUGUUUAGAAGAGCAGAGCCUGGCAAAAAAACAAACCAACACAGAGGACGACCAGACAGUAGAGGUUGUUGCGAACGUAAAGGACAAACAAGAUGGUAAACAAGAGGAAACUGAGAACAUGAAUGAUAGACAAAGUGAGAGUGAGGGGCAGACACAUGAGAGAAUGAGGAAUAAUGAAAAACCUGAGAAACCCAGUGACAUAGAGGAUAAAAAGUUUUCACAAAAUAACCCUCAAGCGGACUUUAAGAGGUCAGAUUCCUCUGAGCAACAACCUGAAGGAACAAAAAGCCAAGAAGAGGAUCCAAAAAAGGCUCAUCGUUUAACCCCUGACUUCCCGGAAGCACUGUACGAGCUGGUCUGCACCCUUCAGGAGGGGAGACGGCUCAAUGACCAGCGCUGCUCCUUCAGGCUGGAGAGGGGGAUGAGGAGGCGCAGGUGCCAUUCUGAGCCCAACACCACCAAACCAGCCAACAGAGUCGUCUUUUCCUCCAUGACUUCACUGCAGAAAGAGGAGUUUUUUGAACUGGUGGCCACCUCUCAAGCUCGUCGACUGGAUGACCAGAGGGCGCAGCUCGAAAGGUCUCAACCCACAAAACCAAAAGGCAGAAGUUUCAGAGGCAGCAUAAAGCAACUCUCUUUUGUGAAAAGGCCUGCGCCAGUUCCUGUACCCGUGCCUGUGCCUGUGCCCAAAGAGGAUCUGUACAAUAUGAUCCUCACGACACAAGCCCAGGGCAGGCUGGAGGACCAGCGCAGCAGGGCUCCUGGUCCCAUGGAUGAUGAUGAUUUCUUCUCCCUGCUCCUGAGGGUCCAGGGAGGACGCAUGGAUGAGCAGAGGACUGAAUUACCGUGCAUGCUCCAAACCUGAGAUGGAAAACAAAAAACUGCUACAGUGGGAACCAUCCAGUACUGUAGCUUUUUUAGUCUGAUUUCCUGGUAAAACAGGGUUUUUUGUUGACUUUGAUGAAGCUUUGUUUUUGAGAAUUGCUAUCUCUUGAUAGUCACUGUUAAAGCUGAUGAGAUUGUAGCAGAAAUGCUAAUGUUUCUGGCUUUUAAUGUGACUCAAGGCACGUUUCUUAUGAAAUCGUGAAGUUUACUGCUAGUUAGGUACUGUUUUUCUUUCCUAGUAAAUAGGAUCAGUAGAUAUGCUUCCUUAUUUUACCAAAUUUUCAGUUUUUAUUGAGUGUCUGCGAUGUGGUUGAAUGAUUUUGUGUGUGUUCCAGUUGUUAAUGUGGAGGAAGCAGUCGACUCGUCUCUGUUGUUUCUCCUUAUUUGUACAGUAGACAUUAAACACAUAAUGAAUGGUGGUGAAGAGAUAAUAGCUCCAAGGCCACACAGUGCUUGACUAUAUAUGGAUAAUUUCCCUCCAGAAAAUAAAAAAAACGUGUAUCUGA